AUGAUCUUAUUCAACUGGUUUCUACUGAUUUUUUUCACAAAUGCAUAUGCUCAAAACUGUUCCGAUUACUAUUCGUGUCAAUUAGAACUAUACGAAGAACUUCUGAGAAAAUCUCGCCCAUCGAUACGUCCAGUUCAACGUGAUUCGCAGAAUAUGACUGUUCGGCUCGGAUUUUCGUUGGUCCGACUUGUUUCUGUUAACGAAGAAGAGUCAAAAUUAACUAUCCGUGCACAUAUAAAUCAAACUUGGAAUGCGUCGGUACUCGGUUGGAAAGCGACAGAAUAUGCAAAUGUUCAACAUUUUCGCGUUCCAGCACAUUCAAUCUGGACGCCAAAGAUAGAGUUACUCAAUCCAAGUACAACUGUCGAUUCUGAAGCCAACCAUUUCGUUAAUAUUCGAUCGGAUGGUCUUUGUGAAUUAUCUUAUUCCAGCUUGCUCACCAUUCCAUGCAAUUUCGAUCUAACAAAUUUCCCAUUUGAUCAGCAAACUUGUACAUUCAAAAUGGGUUCGUCGCUCUACGAUAUCAAUGAAGUAUCGAUCGAAAGAGCAUUCGAUUUUGUUAUUGAUGAGCCAGGUUUAAUGCCCAACGGGUAUUAUUUCGUUUCGAAUACUAUUCAACAGCAGACAGCCUAUUUCGCCGGUUUCGAUCGAAGUUACGAUCAAAUUUCGAUCAAUUUCGACAUUCAUCGCCGCUCAACCUAUUUUCUUCGACUUGUCAAUUGGCCAGGUUCAAUUCUCAUGUUGUUAACAUUGACAAUCUUUUUUCUUCCACCGUCUGCUCCUGAACGAAUCGUCUAUAGCUCGAUCUUACUUGUUUGUCAAUUUCUUCUGCUAAUUAUGUUUGCUUUUUAUGUUCCAAAACGACUGGGUACGACGUGGCCAUGGAUGGGACGCACGAUUUUCUACGAUAUUUGUUUAACAGGCAUGACAUUAGUAUUUUCGGUCUUAGUUCGCAUGCUUUCGGAUGAAAAAUAUUUUGCAUCUGAACGACCAUCAAUCAAAAUACGUAAUUUUGUUUUUGGCUUCUUAUCCAAACUUGUUGGCUUUCGACGAUUGUCAUUCACAACACUGAUUGCUGGUCGCGAGAGUGAAUACGAUAUCAAUGAUUCUGUUAUGGAACCUUUAACCUCUGUUGCGAACAACUCCGCAGGUAUUGCUGCUGAUUCUCAAAAUGUUCCGUCGAAUAUUCUAAAUCGUGAUGUGUGCUUAUCAACUUCGAGAACAAUGGGUUGUUGUGGGUCAGCGCAAAAGAAGCAUGACAAACCAACUCGACCAUCGAAUUUAGUUCGGUUAAAUAACGAUGCCAGAUCGGAUCUUUCAGAUGCGAUCAUUAACGAUCUAUUAACUAAAACCAAAUUUAGUAAACAGGAGAUUCUUGACUGGUGGCAUGGUUUCCUAGCGGAUUGUCCCACAGGUCUAUUAGAUAAAAAGAAAUUCAUUGAAGUUUAUCAAUAUCGCUAUCCGAAUGGUAAAGCAAAAAACUUUUGCAACCACGUGUUUCGUACGUUUAAUCCCGAUAUGAAAACUCAUGCCAUUGACUUUCAACGUUUCAUGUGCGCGAUCGAUAUAACAUUAAAUGGAAGUACGGAUGAGAAACUCGAAUGGGCAUUUGCAAUGUAUGAUGUCAAUGGCGAUCAACGCAUCUCGAAACAUGAAAUGUCAAGUGUUGUUCAAUCGAUGUUUGAUUUAUUAGGUAAAGAUAAACGAGGAGGCAACAAUCCACGUCGACAUGUCGAUCAAAUCUUUUCACGUAUUGAUGUCAAUCAAGAUAAUUAUGUUAGCAAAGAAGAAUUUCUUCGCGGAUGUAAAGCUGAUGAACAAAUUCGAACAAUUUUAGCGCCACAUUAUUAA